ACAGGCAGCGUCAUCAAAUUAUUUGAAGGUGGCCUGGACUAUUGUGUGAACCUUUCAGAGCAAUAUGGUGGGGCGGUGAGGCUCAACGGGCCAUAUGGCGACACUGUCUAUGUGUCCGACCCACGCGCAUUGCAUCACAUUGUAGUCAAAGACCAGCACAUAUUUGAAGAGCUCGAAGACUUCAUCGUGUCAAAUAAACUCGUAUUUGGCGAAGGCCUAAUAUCCACCAUUGGAGCGCAGCAUCGCAGACAACGCAAGCUCAUCAGCCCUGUGUUCUCAACGUCAAAUAUGCGACGAGUCCUCUCCACAGUACAUCAUAUUGCUGACAGAUUAGCAUCCACCCUCACAGCUAAACUUCCUACUGAUGGAUCACAUAGCGAGAUUGACGUCCUCCCAUGGUUCUCCCGUUGUGCGCUCGACAGCAUCUGCAAUGGUGUCCUUGGGUACUCCUCCAAUAGCCUCUCAGCAGCAGAAGAUGAUGCGUACGCCGAAGCAGUCCGGUCGGUCGGGUUCUUGAUUGGAAAGUUCUGCCUGCUACGGCCAUUCGUGGUAAUCGUCGCGCAUUAUUGCUCGCCAUACUGGGCAAGGAAAGUCCUUGAUCUGGUCACGGCACCCUGGAUCCCGACAAAGUUUAUGAGAGACAUCCGGGAGAUGCGCCGCAUGAUAGAGACCAUGGAUUGUGUCAGUCGAAAAGUAUUUGCAGAGAAAAAGGCGUCAAUGGAGGCCGAUGGUAUGUUAUGCAGAGAUGGUGAUUCAAUACUGUCGAUGAUGGAUCUCAUGCUCAAAGCUAAUACCGUGUCAUCCAAUGUAACAAGGCUCACGGAUGCUGAACUGUUGGGACAAAUGAACGUUAUGAUAUUUGCUGGCGUCGACACGACCACUUCCGCGAUAGCCCGCUGUGUCUACUUGCUUGCACAGAACCCUUGUGUUCAAGCAAGACUUAGGAGCGAAAUUAGUGAUGCCAUGAAGUCCUCGGGAUAUCAGAAAGACGGUGACAUCCCAUCUGCUGAACUACCCUACGACGUCCUCAUGAGCCUCCCCUUCCUCGACGGCAUCGUAAAGGAGACUUUCCGUCUCUACCCAUCCCUCCCACUCAUGGUCCGAACAGCGAACAAAGCAACCACCCUUCCUUUACACUUCCCCGUGCGCUCACGGUCUGGCGAGCCCACCUCCACCAUCGCAAUCCCGAAAGGGACCCAAGUAAUUAUUUCCAUCCUUGCUGCGAACCGCCAUCAAGGGAUGUGGGGUGCCGAUGCAAAUGAGUGGCGACCCGAGCGAUGGUUGUCAUCACCUCGGGCUGUUCCUCCAGAUAUGGACACCCCAGUCGGUAGAGAAGACGUCACGUCCACGCCGAGAUCUACACCUGUUCUAGGCGUCAAGGAUGGUGUGCAUUUUCCUAGUGUGUACUCCAACAUGAUGACGUUUCUCGCUGGCGGCCGCUCCUGCAUUGGGUUCAAAUUCGCUGAAAUGCAAAUGAAACAAGUCCUCGCAACGCUUGUGCUGCGUCUGCACUUCUCGCUCCCGACGCAGCCGAAUGCACGAGGUCACGUGAAGGAGAUACAGUGGAAGUUCAAGGGGUUUCAUAUCCCUGUUGUGAAAACCCCUGCUGGGGAUGGUGUGACGCCCCAGGUGCCUCUGAAUGUGCGGCUGGUGAGGACUGAUGAUUUU